AUGAGUAAAAUAGACUUCCUGUCUGCAGAUUUUGUGCCUACGAUUAGUGACAGUGAAGAUGACAUACCAAACCUCGAUGAUCCUGAGGAUCAGAUAAAGCCUGUCACUGCUGGAAAGGCAGCCGGGGACGUGAAAGAUAAUGGUAGGAGCCAGAAAUCGAAGAAAAACAAGUCUCAGAGAAAGAUGCCUAACGGCGGCGAUGAGGAUAAAGAGGGCGAUAAGGAGGACUUGAAUCCAGAUUUUCACUUCAAUGUGGCAGUCGACGAUGAGGUGACCAAGUUUGACGGGUGGGAAUUCCUCGGGGACGAUAAAGAUGGAAAUUCGACCAAGAAAGAUGUUGAUUUGGAUGGCAUUAUUAGAAGGAAGGGUGGUUUGAUAAAUGCGGCUCACAUUGGCGGUGAGAGUGAGGAAGAAGAAGAGGAAGAGGAAGAAGACGAUGACGACAGCGAAAAAUCGCAAAGUGCUGAUGAGGACGACGAUGACGAGCUGGCGUUAGAUGGCUUUGGUAUGGGCAGGAAACUCGAAGAAGAUGGAUCGUCAGCAGAAGAGCAAGAAGAAUCAGUCGACAGUGAUGAGGAGGAAGCAGAGCAGGGCGCCGACGCCUCAAGCUCCCACCAGGACUUUGAUAGGGAGGAGGGGGAAGAAGAGGAGGAGGAGGAGGACUCUCCGGAAGAGAAGGCCAAAUUUUACGCACCCGAGAGUGAGAGCGCGGAAGCGACCAAACAGGUGCACGCUGAUUUCAAUAGUUUAUCCUUAUCACGUCCCGUCCUGAAAGGUCUCAGUGAUUUGGGAUACGUUAAACCAUCUCCCAUUCAGAGCGCAACCAUCCCCAUCGCUUUAUUGGGUAAGGACAUCAUUGCCGGUGCUGUUACAGGUUCCGGUAAGACUGCUGCAUUUAUGAUUCCCAUCAUAGAACGUCUGCUAUACAAGCCGGCUAAAAUUGCGUCGACGAGAGUCAUCGUGUUAACUCCGACUCGUGAAUUGGCAAUUCAAAUUUCCGAUGUUGGGAGAAAUCUUGGAAAAUAUGUAAAUGGCUUGACGUUUGGUCUAGCAGUUGGUGGUCUUAACUUAAGGCAGCAAGAGCAAUCCCUAAAGUCACGGCCCGAUAUUGUCAUAGCUACCCCAGGUAGAUUUAUUGAUCAUAUCAGGAACUCGGCAAGUUUCAACGUUGAUUCUGUGGAAAUAUUGGUUUUAGAUGAAGCCGAUAGAAUGUUGGAAGAAGGUUUCCAUGAUGAAUUAAGUGAGAUUAUGAGCCUCUUACCAAGCCAAAGGCAAACAUUACUGUUCUCAGCUACGAUGAAUUCUAGAAUCAAACAACUGGUCUCUUUGUCUUUGAAAAGACCUGUCAGGGUGAUGAUUGAUCCUCCCAAACAAGCAGCUUCAAAGCUGCUCCAGGAAUUCGUUCGUAUUAGGAAGAGAGAACAUCUGAAGCCGUCCGUGCUAUUUCACUUGAUCAAAAAACUGGAUGGAACGGGGCAAAAGAGAAUGGUCGUUUUCGUCGCAAGGAAGGAAGUGGCGCAUAGGUUGAGAAUCAUCCUAGGAUUGCUCGGUAUAGCUGUUGCAGAACUGCAUGGUUCAUUGUCUCAAGAACAACGUUUGCAAUCUGUCAACCAGUUCAAAUCUUUGGAAGUUCCCAUAUUAGUUUGUACCGAUCUUGCAUCGAGAGGUUUGGAUAUUCCGAAGAUCGAAGUCGUUAUCAACUACGAUAUGCCUAAGAAUUAUGAAAUAUAUCUGCAUAGAGUUGGUCGUACCGCAAGAGCGGGAAGAGAAGGUCGUUCUGUUUCAUUGGUGGGGGAGUCUUCACAGGACAGAAGUGUUGUCAGAAGCGCUAUUAAGAGUGUCGAGGAAAACAAGGAAGGUCAGUCAUCUGUGGUGGGGCGGAACAUUGAUUGGAAGCAAGUUGAGGAGAUCAAUAAGUUGGUGAGUUCCAUGGACAGCACAAUCGAUGAAAUCUUAGAAGAAGAGAAAGGUGAGAAGGAGAUUUUAAGAGCCGAAAUGGAACUACGUAAAGGUGAAAACCUUCUCAAACAUAAAGCAGAAAUAGAAUCGAGGCCGAAAAGAACAUGGUUCCAAAGUGAAGCAGAAAAGAAGAAUGCCAAAAUGGUUGGGGCAUUGGCCAAAAACAAGAAGACCAUUAACAGCAAGAAACGUAAGAGGCAGGAGGCCAUAGAGGAUGCUCCUCGUGCUUACAAGAAAACUCAAAAAAAUCGUAAAGAUGACCAAGAAAGAGCCUUCAAGAAGCAGAACAAAAAAACUGGUGGAAAAAACAACAAAAAGGCCAAAAAAUAG